AUGUCGAGCAUUAAUCCUAGCACGAAACUUCACCGGAGUUCACCGACGCCUGCAGGCACUAAAUCUCUCAAUACGAGCUCUACUCAUUCCGCAGCCCCACGAAGUUCCCCCUCUCUGACACCAUCACCCCGGCCACAAUCUCGUCCAACAACUCGCCCGAAUGUCAAGUCCCGAAUAACUCCGGCUCACACAAAACCCGUCGAUGACUGCACCAGUCGACACAAUCUAAGGGGAUCGGGAUUGGAGGCAGAACAGAAGCGGAAAACGCAACCUGCACAACCUAGUCAGCAUGCCAAGUCCGAGAAUACAGAUUCAAAUGCUUCGGGAGUCUCAGAGAAUUUAGGCUUGUCUCCUCAAGAAGUCAACGUACUGCAAAGUGUUUGGGAAGAUUCCCCUGUCAAUACUGAUGCCUCCUUCGAUCCCGGAGGAAGCUCUACAGUUGAUAGAACUGCAGUGAAAUCCGGAUAUGGGUCUAUCUUUGGAUUCAACAUGGUGCCUAAGUCGAGGAAUAGCUUUGCCGUUACGGAAGGCUCUUCGGAAGAUCGGUCACAAUCCGCAUCUUCGAUAGGUUCUACUCUUUCCCGUUUUUCCUUGGUGUCCACGAAAACCGUCGCUGCCGGUCCCCCGUCUCCUGUCAAUCCACCUACGUUGCAGACUACACCGCAGUAUCCAUCGUCUACCACUACCCAGUCUUCCUCGCCCUCUGUAGAAGUAAUACAUCCUGCGUCCAUCGCUGCCCUGGAAUUUCCUUCAGAACACUCAAUGCUCCAAUCCUCAUUUGCACCCCUUUCUCAAUCGUCCUCUCUCUCUCCCGACUCACUUGAUGUCUACGCCGCAGUUCAAUAUCUCCGUACGAGUGUGUCCACCUCAGCUCUGAGGUCGGGUGCACCGUCUGGAAACGCAGAUGUGACUGCCUCUACUUCCCGUGUGUCAGGGUCGACGUCCCGUGUGUCCUUGCAUGCCACGGCACAUCCAACGCCAAAAUUGACUGCUUCCGCGCACGUAAAUCCCUCUACACGAGUAUCCCUCGGGUCGUCAAGGGCUUCUUCUACUGCGAAAGGCUCGUCACCUUUGCAAGCCAAAGAUUCGAAUUUGUCGGUCACUAAGACUAGAAUGGCUCCGGUAGCCACUACUUCCGAAUAUCCUCCGACACCGCUGCAUACUGAUGGAACGGUAGUUCAUCGUGCCACGUCUCGUACUGAAGGAUCUAUGAACCACAUACAUCCCACUGAGCUUUCUAGCAUGAUGAAUGUCAUGACUUCACCUUCCUCCUAUGAUAUGCCAUCUUCACAUUCUUUUCCUGAAGCAUCUUACGGACAGCGAUACACGUCUAAUACAAGUCUGAUGUCUUCGGAUAUUUCUCCGUCAUCACCGUUCAGCCUUCCUAUCGAUUCACCGGUACAUUCCUAUCCCCCGCCGGCUUCGUCCCCACCUACGGUCAAUUUAAAGCGUCUUCUCUCCAAACCUGCACCUACUGGAAAUUCCAGCGCGAGCGAGAGCGAAAGCGGUGUUAUCACAACGAAAUCACGACCAGUCCGUAGGAUUGAGCGGAUCGAAGAGAAAAAUGAAAAACAGAGGAUUGAAGCUUUCAGUAGGGGACGAGCGAUCGAGUCUGAUGCUGAGUGUGCACCACCUUUCGGGAGUAGCCGGGAGCGAGAUCGAGCCAGGAAGAUGGAAUGGGAAGCAGAGAGAAGGCUACUCAAAGAGCGAACUUUAUCUCAUAGUCGUCCGACAACGUCUCAAUCUACAGACAGUUCGCAAACGAAGGAGCGUAAAGGGCUUGGUGGUUUGGUACGAAGUGCAUCCUGGUCCCGGACUCGGGGGCAAGAAGGAACAGACAAGGCGGAAAAGAAGACAAGAAAUACUCUGAAGAGGCAUCCGUCAGCAACAUCUGUUGCUUCGCCUUCUGACGAUUCUAAGAUGAAAGAGUUUCCUUACUCGUCUUUUGCACCUGCUUACACGGGCUCCAUACUUCCUGCGACUCGUCCGGCAGCUUCAUCCGGAAGCUUGCUGCCUCCAGCGGUAGGGCUUUCAUCUUCCAGAGGCUCAUCGCCCACGCCCCAGGAUAAACGGCGGAGUCUCAUCCCGCAUUCUGCAUUGUUGAAACAAGGCCUUGCGGGAAUAUCAUCUGAUGAUGGCGUUACUUCAUCCGGAACAACACCAGCGAAGGAAAUUAUGAUCGCGUACAAACAGCAACAGGAGCGGGAAAAGAAGAGGGAGAGAGAACGCAACGAACGGGCACGAGAGAAGCAACGAGAGAAAGAGCUAUGGCAACAGGAGGACGACCGACAACAGCGUGCAUUGAAAGAUCAAGCCUCCCCCUCUCACUACAAUCAAAGCAAUUCACUAACUACUUCGCACUCCCAAAGUAUCUUUAUGAAAGACGUGCCCUCAGUCGGUAUGCAAAUACACCCCAGAGAACGAUCUUCUUCUGUUCCCAACUCAGGCGCGGCCAGCAUGAUCCACGAUUCUUCCCAUUUGGCGCAGUCAUCUGAUCAAUCUCCUUCACGACCAGAAAAACUCUUAAAUGAAGCUAGAUCGUUCGAUGAAGAACCUUCACAACCUUAUUACACGGUUCUCGGAAGCUCGAAGCGUGUUGUAGCUGCUGAAGGCGUCAAAAUAGAAGAUACCUUUUCCCCCGACUUUUCUUUGAGCACUUCGAACUUGGUAGAAGGGAUUUCGUCAAGCAUGGGUGUAGGCCUCGGACUGGGUCAACCAUCCAGUAGUCCACAAAGCGAGAUUCCUCGUCCUUCUACCCAGACAUGGGAGAGAAGUGCUUCUGUGACUGUUGGUAAACCUUCGAAAACAUCGAGCGCCUUUGGCAUUGGCAUUGGUAAAACCUUGUCUCGUAAAAUGAGUGGACGACUAGGUGCACCAAAAAGAGGGCCGUCCUUAGAUAUCAGCCCUGUUUCCAAUACACCCACUUUACUUGUCCAUGAACAUGGAAUGCCAAGUUUACAUGAACGACGUGUGAUGCCAAAGAAUGAAAACAGAGCGUCGGGUUCUCGAGGAGAUAAACGGAGUUUACGAUUGUCAAUAGAUGAAUAUGCUACUACCAAAGGCGCAAUUUCGCCUCCGAAGAAGAGCCCAGCAAUUCAUCGACCUGUCUUGACCCAGGAUGGAGAAAUUCGUACUUCUUUACUUAAGUCGAGUCUGACGUCAAGCCCCCAGCCCAGUCCUACCAGCUCCAGUAGUCAUUCGGGUAGUAAGAACAAAAUUUGGAAUCUCAUGAAGCGAAUUUCUACGGGUGGUCUCCGAGAUAACUACCGUGACAAUGGCGCAAGUCUUCCAACUAGUCCCCUUCCACCACCACCACCUGUUCCUGCCCUUCCAAAGGAUCUUUCUGUGUAUUCGAAGGAAAUGACGCGAAAAGGCGGGGAAGAUGUGACGGAAGUGCUGCACAAACGAAAUGCCACUUCAACAACGAUACAGAGUCCGUACGGAAAGCUAUCUUCUGCUGGGUCUAUAAAAGCUCCUAUGAUUCCCUCGACGAGUACAAGGCCGGGAACUGCCACACGAUCUUCUUCCCCAAUUUCGUCUUCCGAUAUCGGCUCUUCCAAGUUCUUCAAUCGGUCCCAGAGUCAACGGAGUUCAAGUAGUUCAUAUGGCGAGCAGAUACCUCCUGUUCCCAUUGCACCUGGAAAGACAUUCCAGCUACAGCAGCACAUACUUCCGCCGAGUGAGUUGUACCAGCUUCAUCUCAAUCUAGAACGGAACAAGGACGAUCCGAACGCGCGACCCAUGAAUUCCUCCAACAGCACGAACUAUUCACAUUCUUUGUCAUCCUUAAAUACUUCGAUCUCCCACUCACGUUCCCAGGUCAAUCUCAAGUUACAAACUCAGAAUCAACAAAAACCUGCUCUUACAGAAGAAUGGACGAUUAUCCCUACGCCAAAGGAGGAAAAAGCCGGCUUUUCAUUGCCUGUACCUCGACGUCGGACAGGGUCGGAUAACAUAGAUGAAGUAGGUUCACGGCGUCCGCCUACUGCAUACGAAAGUAGUCGUUCUCCUUCACCUACAAUCGCCACAAUCAAUGCUUCGAAUUCAGUUAGUAGUCCGUCUCGAGAAGCAAAACCCAGUGGGUCGGCUCUCACUUCCGCAUCCACUGACACAUCCAGUGCGUAUAGGGAAAGUGCUUCGGCCGGGUCGCGCUUUUCUUCUCUACCUGUCAUUCCUUCAAAAAGUCCACGAAGAGCGGCGUCGGCUUCCUCCGCCUCGUUAACAUCUAACGGUAGAACAUGGAGUCCUGCCAUUCCCCCACUACCAACGACACACGUUACUACUUCGGUCAGUGGACAUCAAAAGCCGCAAGAAGAAUACGUCAAACCCGAUGCGGACUCUCCUUCUAGACGAGGCAUGCGUAAAUCCUUCGGCUUUUCCAGUCCUUCGGAAUCCUCAUCAAAUAAUUAUGUCAGAAAACGGACCAUUAGCAGCUCGAGUAGACCAACAACGUCGCCAGCUGCCCAUCACCUGUCGACUACCGCUCAAAUACGAACUUCUCGUCUUCCCCGAUCCGAAAAUUCACAGCGUCCAAAUGCUCGUACAUUUGGUCCUCUUUCAGCCAAAGAAAAGGAUGACAAGUGGGAUGAUCUCCUUGAGCGGAGCAAAAGAGCAGGUGGCACACUACAUCUUAACGGCGGCUUAGACGGCUUGGAUUCAGAUAGAUUGCGAUUUUCAGUCAAUGACAGUGAAGACGAACUCGAUGAUCUAUGA